GAGCUAGUCCAGAUGACUCUCAGGAAACUAUUAAGAGAAAGCUUGACAUAUUCUGAAGGACAAAGGACAGUAUCUCACUAAAAUUUACUAAUAUUUCGAUUUUUAUCGUUAAGUAUAGCUAGGGGCCUAUCUGAGGACAUCGGUGAUACACUGCUAAUAAAUAUGGAAGCCCGUUAAGCAGAAGAUUCUUCUAUUUCGUCUAGAACCAUUUGAACCAUUUAAAGAUUUCAAAUACGUAACAAUACUACAUUUGCACUCUGGCGUUAUUAUGAACCUUAAUCGUUCGGUUACCUAGUUGCCUUGUUCGUCCAAGUUAAUUUCCUUCGCGUAAUCAGAAAUACUGUUGUCACUUGGUCUCUGUGUCUUCUCAGUAUUCCCCUUACCAAUUCGUUUGGUGGACGCAUUUUUCUGUAUUCAUAUGGAGAAGGAACAUCGCGACGUCAUUAGGAAGCUGCGUGUUUUUCUUGUAAAAAAUAUUUCUAACCUUGAAGAAAUCCUCGAUAUACUGGAAUCCGCACUAAUUAUUACUGAAAAUCAACGGCACUCAAUACUCUCUGGAACAACAUUAGCUGAAAAGAUACGUAGAUUCUUAGAUAUUAUAGUCAGAUGUGGCCCAUCAGCAUAUGACAAGUUUAAGCAAGCUCUUCUAGAAACCAACCAAAAGAGUAUAUAUGAUCGUUUGAACGAAACAGAGGAACUAAAAGUCCUAGCUGGUCAUGGUAUAUCAUCAGAACGCUUAUCUGAUACAAGAGAUGAAUCCAUUAUGAUCCCAGAUAGAGUUAGCUCACAUCCGUUGACACCCUACACUGUAACUUCGUUCCCGCGUGGUUACGUUCUCAUAAUAAAUAUAGAAGAUUACAGUUGUGAAUCCGGAGUACCUAAUCGUCAUGGUUCGUCACACGAUGCAUCUAAACUCCAAAUUCUAUUUGAGGACUUUAUGUAUAGUGUUGCUGUCAUUAGAAAUCUAGAGGGUGAAAAACUUAAAAAAGUAGUGCGAGAAUUCGCUUGCAAACCAGAGCAUAGUAACGUACAUGCGGCUGUCCUUAUUAUUUUAGCACAUGGGUUAGAACAUCAUAUUAUAGCAAGUGACGGCACCCAUGUUAGCAUCGACGAACUUGUUAGUUGUUUUACUAACAAAAAAUGCCCUCUUCUAGCUGGAAAACCUAAACUCAUACUUAUACAAGCCUGUAGAGGUGAAGAACGUAAUCAUAAUGCUCUUGUAAAGCGUGAUUUUCUAGACUCCCUACCAUCAAACUUUUGUGAAGUUUCAUUAGAUCCCAGCUCUUGGCUGUCGCUGCCACAUAUGAGUGACUGUGUAAUUGUGUAUUCUACCUUACCUGGAUUUGUAUCUUGGCGGUCUGAAAUAGAGGGGAGUUGGUAUGUAAAGGUGUUUGUCGAAGUAACAAGGUUGCAUGGGCACAGGCUUCACAUUCUUGAACUGUUGACAGAAGUCAACAAUAGGCUUGUGUCAGAGGCGUCAAACUAUGGCAUCAAGCAAAUAUCACAACCAGUAACAACGCUAACUAAGCCUUACUAUUUGUCCACUCUGAACACUUGAAAAAUUUAUUGUAUCCAGAAAUAUAGUAAUCUACUUUCAUCCCAUUGCUACUAGCUUCAUUCUCUACGGAACUUGUGGUAUAAGAUCUUACUUUGAUUGUAAUUAGGCGUAUCAAUGCAUGGGCAUUCGAAAUAUUUCUUAAUAAAUAAAGCUCUCCUCCUAGCAUAUUUCGUAUCUACCCAUUUUCGCUUAUAUUGGAGCGUCGUGAAAGCGGGUAUGCUUAAUAGUUUACGGUACGAUCCAUCAGAACAGCUAGAUAUGCUGCUUACAACUCAGCAUAACAUAACUAGGUGGUUUGUCGGUCCGUGUUUGCGAGAGACAGUUAGUAUGCUGCUUAAAUGCUUUCGCCGGUGUGAAAUUACCUUACACAGUAGAUAAAUCAAAUAUGGACUUCUGGACGCAUAUAUAUAAGCCCAUACGCAAACUACAUGGCUCGUAAUUCUUUAGUAGUGUUUAAACACGUAAUUCCGACUUUCUGUUACGAACAAGUCCUGGGACUUGAUUUACAUAUCUCCGAACGACAUGAGUGAACAUAUUUCGUUUUGAUAAUAUUCUUAAAUCUUGUUUAUGACAGAACUGCUUUCGUCUGUAUUUUUGCGCAGUCUAAAGAGGUACACUUUACGACAACAGUAGACAAAAUCCCGAAAAAAAUUACAAAGAAAAUCUGGAAGUA